AUGGAGGUCCAGCUGCUGGUCUACGACCUGUCUCGGGGUCUGGCUCGCCAAAUGUCCAUGGGCUUGCUCGGAUUUCAGCUCGACGCCAUCUACCACACGUCGAUUCAAUUAAGCGGCCGCGAGUACGUCUACGACGGCGGCAUCGUCGCCAUCACUCCCGGGUCAUCGCAUCUGGGCAAGCCCAUGGAGAGGAUUCCUCUCGGGACCACCAACCUGCCCAUGGACAUUAUCGACGAGUACUUGGACUCUCUACGUCCGAUAUUCACCGUCGAGGCAUACGACCUGUUCCGCCACAACUGCAACAACUUUAGCGACUCGUUUGCCAACUUCCUGGUUGGCAGGGGCAUACCGAGCCACAUUUCGAGCAUGCCGCAAGCCGUGCUGGACUCGCCCAUGGGCCGGAUGCUGCUGCCACAGCUCGUGCAGGGCGUGAACGCCAGGCGAUCAAACGGGUCCAUCCUGGGGUUGGAACAAGGCGCGGCGGCAGCAGCCCCUUCUCACGGAGCCAAGGCCCACGGCGUCAAGACGGCAUCGACGUCGGACCAACUAUCUCAGCUCUUGCACGGCGCGACGCAGUCCUGCGCCAUUGUCUUCUUCACCUCGGCAACCUGCCCGCCUUGCAAGAUGAUGUACCCUCUCUACGAUCAGCUGGCCGAUGAGCUUGGCGCACAAGUCACCUUCAUCAAGGUUGACGUCAGCCAACCCGCAUCCCUGGACAUUGCGCAAAACUACUCUGUCCGAGCCACGCCGACCUUUGUCACGCUGCUCAGAGGGAAAGAGGAGAACAGGUGGAGCGGAGCAGAUCAGGCAGCCUUGCGCGGAAACGUGCAACUGCUUGCGCAAAUGGCCCAUCCGCACCACCCGCACGAGAGACUACGCCUACCGACUUUUUCCAACCCGGCCGUCAAGCCUAUACUGUACUCCAAAAUGCCGCCUCUGGCAAAACUCGACGCCAAGAUGGGGGAUCGAAUAGCCAACGAUGCCCGGUUGAAAAAGCUCAAGCAGUUUAUCGAGACGAGAGACAGCGUGGGUCCGCAGGACGCACUUCUCCCAGACCUGGAGGAACUGUCUGGAUUCAUCCACGAGGCAGUUUCAGCCGCGGCUCCAGAGAUUCCGUUUGCCGUGAUUGACCUAUUCCGAUGCGCUCUUGCCGACCCUCGCGUGAGUGCCUAUUACGCGGAGGAAUCGAGCCACAGGACAAUCGAGGCUGUCCUGGGUGCGGUCAAUAGCCAAGAUUCGUGUCCUUAUGCCCUGCGGUUGGUGACGGUGCAACUGGCGUGCAACAUGUUCUCAACACCACUGUUUCACGCCCAAGCUCUCCGCAACGCGACUCUGCGGACAUCCCUGGUCCGCUUAGUAUCGACGAGCUUUCUAGACGACGCGCACAACAGCGUGCGCGUGGCGUCGUCGUCCCUCCUGUUCAACAUUGCUCUGGCGAACCGUCGAGCCAGGAAGGGCGGUGCCGAUGACGCGCUUCCAGAGAAGGACGAGGUGGAGUUGGCAGCCGCACUUGUGGAAGCCAUCGGCCAGGAAACGAAGUCGAUGGAAGCGCUGCAGGGCAUGCUGUCCGCGCUGGGUCAUCUUGUAUUUGGAACCAGUCUAGACGGAGAAUUGGCCGACUUGUUGAGGGCGUUGGACGCGCAGGAGCUGAUCAAGGCCAAAAGGAAGCAGUUUCCGAAGGAGAAGCUGAUAUCCGAAGUGGGCGACGAAUUGCUCGGCAACGGGUUGAGGAAGCCGUAG